UUCUGUUUCAUUGUAAUUCCCAAGUUCGUGUUCCUUAUCUUUAUAGCAUCUCUCUCUCUCGCACUUAACAAACCCCAGAGCCAUCACAAAAACAAACCAUGACCAAUUCCUCAAAAGACCGACACGUCGCCGUUUUGCCAUUCCCAUUCUCCACACACGCCGCCCCAAUCCUCAGCAUCAUCCGCCGCCUCGCCUCUGCCGCUCCCAACGUCACUUUCUCCUUCUUCAGCACUCCUCAAUCCAUCCAAACCCUGUUCCCAUCCGAAAAUCGCGAAAACAACAUAAGACCUCACGCCACAUCGGACGGCGUUCCCGAGGGGUUCGUGUUCUCAGGGAAGCACCAUGAAGACAUCAACUUGUUCCUGGCGGCAGGGAAGGAGAGCUUUGAGGCCGGGAUGAAGGCGGCUGAGGAGGAGACCGGGCGGAGGAUUGAUUGUGUGGUGUCGGAUGCGUUUAUGUGGUUCUCAUGCGAGUUGGCAGAGGAGAUGGGGGUGCCGUGGGUCGCGCUGUGGACGUCGGGGGCAUGCUCACUUGCGGCUCAUUGUUAUACUGAUCUUAUCAGGGAAACUGUUGGAAUGCAUGAUACUGCUGGACGCGAAGACGAAAUCGUGAAAUUCGUCCCGGGAUUUUCGGAGGUACGACUCGGGGACUUGCCCAGCGGAGUCGUGUAUGGAAACUUAGAAUCACCCUUCUCAAUGAUGCUAUACAAAAUGGGCCAGGUUUUGCACAAAGCGACCGCAGUUGCCAUAAACUCCUUCGACGAACUGGAACCUGAACCCAUGAAAGUUCUCGCGUCGAAGUUUCAGAAGCUCCUCACCUGUGGCCCGUUCAACUCGAUAUCACCACUGCCGUCGUCCAACUUGGAUGAGUACGGGUGUAUCCCGUGGUUGGACCGGCGUAAAGCAGCUUCAGUGGCGUACAUCGGCUUUGGAUCUGUGGCUACACCGCCACCGGUUGAGCUAGCGGCGUUAGCUGAAGCACUAGAAGCUAGAAGCACACCGUUUCUCUGGUCUCUCAGAGACAAUUUCAAACAACAUCUACCGGAAGGAUUCCUGAAGAGAACAAGUGAGCUAGGGAAAAUAGUGCCGUGGGCGCCUCAGGUGCAAGUUUUAGAGCAUCGCUCAGUCGGGGUUUUCUUAACCCACUGCGGCUGGAAUUCGGUGAUGGAGAGCGUCGAGGCCGGCGUGCCAAUCAUCGGUAGGCCGUUCUUCGGGGAUCAACAGGUGGACGCGUGGAUGGUGGAGAAUGUGUGGAAGAUUGGGGUGAGGGUGGAGGGUGGAGUCUUCACAGAAGGUAGCACAAUGUCUGCCCUUGAACUGGUUUUGUCCCAUGAGAAGGGGAAGGAAUUGAGGGAGCAAGUUGGAAAGUACAAAGAGUUUGCUUUGAAGGCUUUUGGACCCAAAGGGAGAUCGACUCAAAAUUUGAACACAUUGAUGGACAUAGUAGCAGGGUACGACCUUUAGAAAUGCUUGGAAUUACUAGUAUCUUGCAACUAGUAUUAAAAUAUGGGAUUUUGCUUUGUUAUAAAUGCCGUUUUAUUGUUCA